AUUCCUUGGUCAAUAGCGAUAGUCUAACCGUCGCUACCUAGAGGCUAUGGCGACAUUGGGAGUGUUGCUACUUCCUCUCCCUUCUGCGGCGUCAGUUUCUGUCCUUUGAGAGAGAUAUUACGGGAAAAAAAAUAUGGGAGGGGGGUAUUACGGGAAAUAAGAGGGGUCCAUGGGUAUAUUUUGAGAAAAAAAUCUAAGCUAAAUACAUCGCUAUAUCCAUGUUUUCGGCAACUGAAGCAAAAACAAUCCCUUUUGAUUUUGAAGGUUAUCGUUAAUAAAAGAAUCGCUCCAUCCCUAAAUUAUCACAUUCACUGGUUACCAAAACUUGAACUGUUGCAAUGUUUCCCAAGCGCUUUAACGACCCCAAAACAGGUUUUCAUAUGCUGAGUUCAAUGCAUGCAAAAAAAUACAUGAAUAAAAUUGGGAUGGAAAGAGAAGACUACCACUUUUAUAAACAAAUUGGGAAGGCCGUACUUUUCUCCUAUUCCAUACUUGGGGCUUUGUGGAUUUACAAUGGUUCUUCACCAGUGGAGUGGUGGAGGAUGAAUUCACCGAUGAUAAAGGAGAAGCUUGCGCAAGCCAAUUUGUACCCUAGUGAUGUAGAAUCUGUGAAGGAGUUCGUAGCCAAAGUAAAAGGGAUGGUUGAAAGUGAUGAUAAGGAUGGAUAUGGACGCCGGGAGGAGAUGGAGAAAAAGAAGACUGAUCACGAAGCUCAGAAGAUGUGGUUGAAGAUGAAGAAUGAGGUUGUUGCUGAGCUUCGAGAGAAGGGUAUUGAUGUCGAGUGAUAGCACAAUGAAUUCCAGCGUCACUCGACUCACUCCUAUGAUUGAUGAACUGAUUUGGUUGCCAUUGUAGUAUACUUUAGAAAACAUAUGUAUGCUGCUACGUGAUAAAUAGUGAACUGAUAAGUAAUUUCCCUUGCUGGAGAUUAAGCUUGUUAUAGCUUUCUUAUUUUCAUUUUUGCAUAAUCAUAACAAUAGGUGUGGGACAAAUUUGUUAAUAUCUGUUGCUCUGUUUAUAGAUCCAAGUAGUAUUGCCAUUUGUAUCA